UAUAGUAACAACAAACAAAUCAAUGAGUAGGUGUGGGGAUUCGUUGACCAAACUGAUCUUCUUGCAUAUAGCCAAUAUCACAGAGUUGCGAACCACGCUAGCACAGAUCAUUUUGGUUUUGUUCAAUUAAUUGAUAUCAUGGCAGAGGUUGAUGUUGGUAGGGCAUUUCUUUCCCCUGUCAUUCAAUUGAUUUGUGAGAAGUUAACUUCAACAGAUUUCAGAGACUAUUUCCAUGAAGGGCUGGUGAAAAAACUUGAAAUCACACUCAAGUCUAUCAAUUAUGUGCUGGAUGACACAGAGACAAAGCAGUACCAAAAUCAAACCGUGAAGAAUUGGCUUGAUGAUGUGAGUCAUGUGUUAUAUGAAGUGGAGCAACUAUUGGAUGUUAUUGCUACUGACGCACACCGAAAGGGGAAGAUAAGACGCUUUCUUUCUGCUUUUAUUAAUCGAUUUGAAUCUAGAAUUAAAGUAAUGCUGAAGAGGCUAGAGUUCCGUGCAGGUCAAAAGGAUGCGCUGGGAUUUCAAGUAGCAGCUAAUCAUGAAGUUGGUGGAGUCAGCCGGACAUUGUUAGAUCAAAUGCCAACUGUAUCUUUGAUUGAUGAAUCUGUCAUAUAUGGUAGAUACCAUGAGAAAGAGAAAAUGAUUAAUUUUUUACUUACAGACAGUGAAAGUGACGGUGACAACCGGGUACCCAUAAUCAGUAUAGUAGGUCUUCCUGGGAUAGGUAAGACAACCCUUGCGCAGUUUAUUUACAAUGACCACAGGAUACAGGAGCAAUUUGAACUUAAUGCUUGGGUCCAUGUUCCAAGAUCUUUUGAUCUUGUUAGUCUCACCCUAUCAAUUCUUAGGUCAUUUCAGUCAUCAGCAGCACAUGGUCAAGACUUGGAAAUACUCCAACGUCAAUUGCAGCAGUUGCUAAUGGGCAAGAAAUUUUUGCUUGUUCUAGAUGGUGUAUGGGAAAUAGAUGAGAAUACGUGGGAGCAGCUACUUCUUUUUAAAUGUGGAUCUUUAGGAAGUAAGAUGAUUGUGACAACACAUGACAAGGAAGUAGCAUCAAGCAUGAGUUCCGCUCGGAUACUUCAUUUGAAGCAAUUGGAGGAGAGUAACUCUUGGAGUUUAUUUGUGAGAUAUGCUUUUCCAGGUAGGAAUGUGUUUGGAUAUCCAAAUCUUGAAUUGAUAGGCAAGAAAAUAGUAGAAAAGUGUGGGGGGUUGCCAUUAGCUCUGAAAACAUUGGGGAUUCUCUUGAAUAGAAAAUUCUCUGAAAUUGAAUGGGUUAGGAUAUUGGAGACUGAUUUGUGGCGUUUACCAGAGGGUGACGGAAACAUUAAUUCCGUUCUGAGAAUCAGUUACCUUAGCCUCCCUUCUGAUCUGAAGCAUUGUUUUGCUUAUUGUUCUAUAUUUCCCAAGGGCUAUGAGUUUGAGAAGGGUGAAUUAAUCAAGCUUUGGAUGGCAGAAGGUUUCUUGAACCAUUUCAGAGUUGACAGUAGCAUAGAAGAGUUAGGUAAUGAAUUCUUCGAUUAUCUAGUGUCAAUAUCAUUUUUCCAACAAUCAGUAAUUAUGCCAUUAUGGUCUGGUAAGUACUACUUCACUAUGCAUGAUCUUGUCAAUGAUUUAGCGAAAUCAUUGACAAGAGAAUCCCGCUUACGAAUCGAAGGUGAUAACGUGCAAGAUAUCAAUGAAAGGACACGUCACAUUUGGUGUUGCCUUGAUUUGGAAGAUGGUGAUAGAAAACUAAAGCAUAUUCAUAACAUUAAAGGACUACAGAGUCUGAUGGUAGAAGCACAAGGCUAUGGUGACCAACGCUUUAAGAUAAGCACCGAUGUGCAGCUUAAUUUGUUUUUUAGACUAAAAUAUUUGCGGAUGUUGUCUUUCAAUGGUUGCAAUCUCUUAGAGCUAGCUGAUGAGAUAAGAAAUUUAAAGCUUCUGCGCUAUCUAGACCUUUCUUACACGGAGAUUACAAGCUUACCUAAUUCCAUUUGUAAGCUGUAUAAUUUGCAUACCCUCUUACUGGAAGAAUGUUUUAAAUUGACUGAGCUCCCAUCAAAUUUUUGCAAACUCGUCAAUUUACGUCAUCUUAAUUUGAAAGGCACACAUAUUAAGAAGAUGCCAAAGGAGAUAAGAGGGUUAAUCAAUCCUGAGAUGCUGACUGAUUUUAUUGUAGGAGAGCAACAUGGAUUUGAUAUUAAGCAGUUGGCAGAACUCAACCACCUUAAAGGAAGGCUUCAAAUUUCAGGGUUGAAAAAUGUUUCUGAUCUAGCAGAUGCUAUGGCAGCAAAUUUGAAAGAUAAGAAACAUUUAGAAGAAUUAAGUUUGUCGUACGAUGAAUGGAGAGAAAUGGAUGGCUCAGUAACAGAAGCACGUGUCUCGGUCUUGGAGGCUCUUCAACCAAAUAGAAACCUCAUGAGGCUCACCAUCAAUGACUACAGAGGUAGUAGCUUUCCUAAUUGGCUUGGGGAUCAUCAUCUACCCAAUUUAGUAUCUCUUGAAUUGUUGGGAUGUACACACUGUUCCCAGUUGCCACCACUUGGGCAGUUCCCUUCUCUCAAGAAGCUUUCCAUUUCAGGCUGUCAUGGAAUAGAGAUCAUUGGUUCAGAGUUUUGCAGCUAUAAUUCAUCAAAUGUUGCAUUUAGAUCCCUUGAAACUUUGCGGGUUGAGUAUAUGUCUGAAUGGAAGGAAUGGUUAUGCCUUGAAGGUUUCCCUUUGCUUCAAGAGCUUUGUCUAAAACAAUGUCCCAAGUUGAAAAGUGCCCUGCCUCAUCAUCUUCCUUGUUUGCAAAAGUUGGAGAUUAUUGAUUGCGAAGAGUUGGAGGCUUCAAUUCCCAAGGCUGCUAAUAUCAGUGAUAUAGAACUAAAGAGAUGUGAUGGCAUUUUGAUAAAUGAAUUGCCAUCAAGCUUGAAAAGGGCCAUCCUUUGUGGAACUCACGUCAUUGAAUCCACCCUAGAGAAAGUUCUAAUUAAUAGUGCCUUUCUUGAAGAGUUGGAAGUUGAAGACUUCUUUGGUCAAAAUAUGGAAUGGUCCUCUUUGUAUAUGUGUAGCUGUUAUUCCCUUCGCACUUUAACUAUAACAGGUUGGCACUCUUCUUCCUUGCCUUUUGCACUAUACUUAUUCAACAAUCUUAAUUCUCUCGUGUUGUACGAUUGUCCAUGGCUGGAAUCGUUUUUUGGGAGGCAGUUGCCUUGCAACCUAGGCAGCCUCCGGAUAGAAAGAUGCCCUAAUUUGAUGGCUUCAAUAGAGGAGUGGGGUUUGUUCAAACUCAAAUCUCUGAAACAAUUCAGUCUUAGUGAUGAUUUUGAAAUCUUGGAAUCCUUUCCAGAGGAGAGUCUGCUGCCAUCAACUAUUAACUCUCUUGAGUUGACAAAUUGUUCAAACCUAAAAAAAAUAAACUACAAGGGUCUUCUCCACCUCACUUCACUUGAAUCUCUAUAUAUUGAAGAUUGCCCUUGUCUUGAGAGCUUGCCAGAGGAGGGUCUACCCAGUUCCCUUUCUACUUUGUCCAUUCAUGAUUGUCCAUUAAUCAAGCAGUUGUACCAAAAGGAGCAAGGCGAGCGUUGGCAUACAAUUUCUCAUAUCCCUUCUGUCACAAUUUCCUGAUUGACGGCUGAGAUGAGAUGUUAUUUUUUCCAGAUUGAUAAAUUCAGGUCCUGCUGGUGAGAUUCUCCCAGCCAUUUCAUCAUCAGUGGUGAGGAGAGAAUGCAGCUGAAGAACAGAAGUAAUUACAGCAGCAUCUUCUGUCUUCACAUACGAGUUUUCGAAAUUGACAUCUUUGAGUUUGCUAACUUAGGAUUAAUCUGCAAAGGAAAAUGCAAGUUCCCUGCCUCAGUUGUCAAAUGAUAGCUUAUUUGGUGCAAUAUACAUCUUUAUUUUCAUGAAUUCCUGUAAUUUUCAGAUUUUUUGUUUCAUAUGAGAAAAAUGGAGAUCAAUAAUGUGAACCACCUUUUCACCUUUCUUGCCUAUUCACGAGUAUUUGGAUUUAAUUGUGUAAUUUAUAUACCCCUGGACUUCUAUUUCUUAUGCUUGUUUAUUCACGAGUAUUUGUUUAUUGCUUGUUGAAUGAAUGAGUUGAAUAAGGUUGAUGUUCUUGUGAUGAAAAUAGCAAUUGAUUGAAAGAAUAAAGAUGAAGAAAAUAGGUUUAUUGUUUA